AUGCAAACAGCUACGUCUGUCUAUACAGUCACGUCGAAAGCGAAAACUACGUUAUUAGGAGAAGAAUACGGCCCGAUGAAGGAGUCAGUGUCGGGCACACCAUGUCCGCAUUGCGGCAGCGACUCUGUUUCACACGAUGCGACAGCCGCGCAGCAACGAAUAGAGGAGUUGGAAGCUCAACUGCUGAUCUACAGCGAAAAAGCGUCGGAAACUGCGGUCAGAUUAGCAGACUACGAGAACGAAAUCCACAGCUUGCGACAACAAGCACAAGCCUGGAAUAAUAACCACGAAUCUACCGCAACUACAGCCGCAGCCACGGAUUACCCUCCCAAAACACCCGAUGCCAAUGCACAGCAGCAACAACAACAAGGCCGCUUUGCGAACUUCGCAUCCUACUUUCCCUACCGUCGCACGGGCUCGCGAGCCGGGUCAAAAGACUCCAGCACACCACCACAAACCUCCUACUCAAACUACACCAACAGCAGCCCUGGCGGAGGAGGAGGUCACACCAGCCCCAGCGCCAACACCAGUUUCCACUCGCACGAUACCGCCUCCUCGUCCGACCCAACAACAAUAACAACAAGCAACGCGCUCGCCCUUCAAACAGCGCUGAACCGCGAACAGGGACUCCGCAAAGCCGCCGAAUCGCAACUGUCGCAAGCCCACUCGGAACUCGAAGAACUCACCGCCCAACUAUUUAGCCAGGCGAACGAAAUGGUUGCGCAGGAACGCAAGGCGCGCGCAAAGCUGGAGGAGAGGGUGGCGUUGCUCGAGAAGCGGGAUGGGGAGAAGAGGAAGAGGCUGGAUCGGUUAGAGAAGGCCAUUGCGAGGGUGGAAAGGGUGAGGGGGUUGAUUAAUUCUUGA